AACUCUCCGCCGCUCAGACGGUUCCGUAUCACCAAACCCUUCAGUUCCGAGCUUCGGCUUUGGGGCUCUCCAAUCAAUGACCUCAAUGUCUCAAUAUGAUUUGAAUUUUCAUGAAUGAGCUGCGCAACUUAGUUGUGUGUAAGCCACUGGAUCAUUAACAUUAGUCGAAGCUUGGCAUUUCCCGAAAACAUGAUCCAUUGGCGACUACUUUCCGCCCUGUUUGUGGGGCUGUCGUCGAUAGCUCUGCCGUUUCCAGUCGACGGAGAGCUCUCGACCAGAUCGGCAGUCGAGUCAAACCAUCGCUUUGGCCUCCGUCUAACCACUAAGUUGGGAUUGAGCCAGCCGAAUGGGAAUGUGGUGGUUUCCCCCCUGCUGGUACAAUCGGCGCUCAGUCUGCUGUAUGCGGGAAGUUCCUUGGACUCCGGAAGGGAACUCCGUCAGGCUCUGGAGCUGACUCAUGCCAUCCAUCCCAAGGAAGCGGCUCAGGACAUACAGGGCCUUUUGGCGAGCCUCAAACAGUCGGCAGCUGUUGGCUGUCGCCUAAGAUUGCUCAGUGACUUUUAUGCCCAACAGCGAUUCACCUUCAACUUUCGCGAUGAGUUCGUGGCACUGGCUUCCCGAACAUCAGUUGGCUGCCACCGUUUGUCCUGGGAGAGUGCGUCGAGUGCGGCGCAGGACAUCAACUACUCCUUCCUCAGCCGCAGCAACUUCAGCCUGGGGGAGCUGGUUAGUGCCUCGCAGCUCGAGUCCCUGGCCGAGCACAAUACGCCCUUCUUGCACGUCUCUGGCGUAACAUUCCGAGCUCCUUGGGCUCAGGCUUUUGACCCCGCUGAGACGCAGAGCAUCAGCUUCUUCGCCGGAGGAACUCGACCCAGGCUGGUGGAUGGCAUGUUUGGCCAGCACCGCUACAGGUAUGCCGAGAUGCCCGCUCUGGAUGCCCAGCUUAUCGAGGUGCCGUUCGCCACCGCCGAUCUGAGAAUGCUCAUUGUGUUUCCAAAUCGGGCCGAUGGCCUGGCACAACUGGAGAGGAAGCUGGCGCAGUCCGAUCUCCAGCAGCUAAGGGAACAGCUCGAGGAGCGCAAGGUGGCCCUCACCCUGCCCAAGUUUAGAGUUCUGGUCCACUCUGCACUGAAACCAAUACUCGAAGAGAUGGGACUGGCGAAGCUGUUCACAUCGCAGGUCCAGCUGAGCGAGGUCUUCAGCUCCAUGCUGGCCAGUUCGGCUCCCCCUUUGGGAGCAGUGGUGCAGAGCGGACUCCUGGAGCUGCAGGAGGAAGGCGGCGAGGCCGGCGAUUCGUUUUCCUUCGGGGAUCUAUUCCGACGAGCCGUGCCCCUGGUCAUCAAUCACCCGUUCUUCUACGCCAUCGGCAAUGACAAAACCCUGCUGCUGGCCGGCCACAUCGUCGACAUCUGAGUACCUCCUAAGUUUACCUAAUAUUCGAUUCCAAUGCUAGGCUCCAACUGAGGUUAUCGCCUUAUCAGCCCAGCUCAAAUCUCAGGCAAAUAAACAGAAUCACCCGUGGCCAAAGCCAAAGGUGACAAAUGAUUUGUAAACACA